AUGACAUCCUCCUGUCCAUGGCACACCAACCCUACAGCCGUCAAUCGACGUCCUGUACCCGAUCGGGAGUUGAUACUCGCCAUGAAAGCUCAGGCGAACACUUUUGUCCUUGGAACCAGAAAAUCGAACUUGGCUCUGAUCCAAACUGGACAUGUAGCUGAUGAUCUUAGAUUACUCCAUAAUUCUCCGCCUCCUUCUCAGGAAGGCAACGAAGAAGAGGAGGGAACUCCCAAAGAUAACGGAAAUGGUGGAAUACCAUAUACGUUCAGUAUAGAAAGUAUGACAACCGUAGGAGAUCGAAAUCAAACCACCCCUUUACAUCUCCUCUCUCCCUAUUCAUCCACUCAACCCGCCAAAUCACUCUGGACGGAUGAACUGGAAGCUCGACUCAUGAACGGUCAUUUCGAUAUGCUCAUUCAUUCCCUUAAAGAUGUACCGACAGUGUUGAAAGACGGUUGCGAAAUUGGUUGCAUGGUGAAAAGACAUGAUCCAAGAGAUGCAUUGGUCAUUAAAGAUGGAUUACCAUAUAAGUCGUUAGAUGAAUUACCAGAUGGAAGUGUCGUAGGUACGGGAAGUGUAAGGAGGGUAGCUCAGUUGAAGAGAGCUUAUCCUAAUUUGAAAUUUGAGGAUAUGCGAGGCAACCUAAACACCCGAUUCUCUAAACUCGAUAACCCUGAAUCACCCUUCUCCGCCCUCAUUCUCGCUAUGUCCGGCCUCUCACGUCUGGGCAUGGCUCACAGGGUAGUCUCAGCUCUCGAAGCCCCCGUUCUCAUGCACGCUGUAGGACAGGGCGCUCUAGCCGUCGAAAUUAGGUCUGAUGACAUACGAACCCGAAAUUGUCUGAGGGGCUUGGGUCAUUGGCCAACCGAAUGGACGUGUGGAGCAGAGAGGGGUUGUUUGAGAGUGUUAGAAGGUGGUUGUUCAGUUCCGGUAGGAGUGGAAAGUGAAAUUGUCGAAUUGGACGAAAACGAUCUCGAGAACCUUGAUGGGAUAGAAGAUCCCUACAAGGAUGAAGAUGAAAUACCAUUAAAAGAAGAUUCACCAAUGUUACAUUUCUCUGGAUUAAUCGAUAUCAAACCUACCACUCGACCUUCCACACCCACAUUCUCCAAGAACGCUUUACCACCUUUACGAAAACGAUUUGCCAAGUUGACUCUGUCAGCUUGUGUGACUGCGACGGAUGGAUCUAAACAUGUACUUUACGAGCCUAAAUCAGUAUUGGUCCGAUCGUAUAGACAAGCUGAGAAGUUUGGUGAAGAUGUUGCGAGACAGUUGAGAAAGAUGGGUGCCAGUGAGAUUUUGGAUGAGAUCAAUAGAGUGAGGAAAGAGAGGGAAAGACAGGAUUUGGAAAGAGCCAUUCAGAGGAGUAAGGCAUUGGAGGAAGAAAAGGAGAAGAUGGGUAGAGUUAAAGGUGCAAAAGCUGAGGUGAUCGCAUAG